CAAACCGCCUCCCUCUCCACCCCCGAGCGGCCCCCGGCGAUCACCCCCAAGAAUCCCAAGAACCCUCUGCGCCAUGGCCAUGGCGCUGGAGCCCUUCUUCUUCACCCCGCCGCCCGCGCCGCGGCACCUCGCCGAGCUCCGCAUCGAGCCCGCGCACUCCGCUGUCGCCUUCUCCGCGCCCUGCGCCGCCGACGCGGGGCGCAAGCGCCGCUGCCUCCUCCCGGCCUCCUCCGUGCGCAAGAGGAUGCUGCUCGAGCUGGCCCCCUUCGACCCCGCGCCGGGCACUCCGCCGCCUCCGCCUUCGCGGACGCCGACGCCCUCGCCGACGCCGCCUCCCUCGCCGAUGGCGUCGCGCGCGGGGUCCUCAGCCGCGGCCGAGUUCUCGUUCGCGCCGGGGCUCCGGUCGAUCCAGCCGACGACCGCCGCGGGGAACAUGUUCGCGUUCCCCGAGAACGCGCCGACGACUCCUGGGGGAUCCGAGGCCAACAGCGCGGGGAACAUGUUCGCGUUCUUGGCUGCGCCGGAGCGGCCCAACACUCCCACGGGCCCCACCCCAAGGGGCGGCUUCGUGUUUGCGGCCUCGCCUGAGGGGCCGCUGACGCCGACGUCCAGGGGCUCCAGCACUAGCGGCCUCACCUUCUUGGCUUCGCCGAAGCAGCCGUUGACGCCCACGGGCCCCAUCGCCGGCGGCCGCGAGCCGUCCUUGAUGGCCACCGGGAGCGGCGCUGCCGCGCCCCUGCUCUCCCCGAAGCCGGCGCGCACGGGCGCCACCGACAGCGGCGGGUUCCGUUCCACGGGGCCGGCCAAGGAGACGACGCUCGGCCCCGUGGGCCUCGCCACGACGUCGUUCGUCUUCUCGGCCUCGCGGUCGCCGACUCCGCCUAGCGGCGGGAGCAAGAAGCGGCGGCGGCCCAACCUCCGCAUCAAGACGACCACGCGCCGCAUGAGCCCGCGGCUGUGGGCAGAAGAUUCGCCGUCGCCGCAGCUGCAGCAGCUCACCCCGCCGCCACAGAAGCUCGCCAAGAUGAACUCGUCGGACAACGGCGAGGCCUCCCGCUCGUCCAUCAUGUCCGGGCCGUGCUGUUUGUUCGUCACUUCGCCGGCUAAGGCGGCCAAGCAGGAAGCCAAGAAGGCCUUCAGCGAGGCAUCCCGCUCGCCGGCUGGGUCACGCUGCACGUCGCCGGCGAGGCCUUCCUCACCGGAGAAGCCGAGCAAGCCGGAGCGAGAGGUGGAAGUAUCCAGCGCGGCCUGCUCCGGCGCCGAGGUGGUGGUGCGCGUGACCUGCAAGUGCGGCGUCCACAAGGAGUUCAGCUUCGACCAUCACCUCUGAUCGGCCAGCUCUCCUAUCCACCCUCACCGUCAGUUUCGCCUUGUUGUCAGAUCGGAUCGCCCCAUUUCUUUCUGCAGUGUGUUUUUUCCGGCAAUUUACAGGAGCCUGUACUGAAUAUAGGACAAGGUUAACAGCACUGGGUUCAGAACCGUAUGAGCCUCAACGAGUUGUAGAAUGUUGGAUGAUUUGUUUUCGUCUAGUCUUCUGCUUUCUUUUUUCAUGAA